AUGAAAGUUAUUGCACUUUUGGCGGUGAUUGCCCACGUGUCACUGGGGGCUGGUCCUGACCCCACCACCAUCUGUCACUCCAGCCAAAUCACCGUGACACAAAACUAUCUUUUAACUGGUGACAAGGACACGUUGGUGUCAGACUUCACUGCCCAAAAAGUAGCCGUUCUUCCUUCAGCUGGAGGCAGAAGAGUUGUCGACAUUGCAGCGUCGAAGACAUACGUUAUUACCCCUGCUGGCGCCUGCACAGUUCGCAAGUCGCUACCAUCAGAGGUUUACUUGAAGUGUCUUCCAGGUGAUCUUGUUUUUGUUCUUGUUCUUGUUCUUGUUCUUGUUCUUGUACUUGUUGUUGAGGGUGCUGUGGCGUGGCGCUUAGUGCGCUUGUCUCCGUAG